UGAAGGGACAGAACACGAAGUUGAAGCUCAGAGAUCAGAGACUGGAACCCCCAGCGCGAGCCUGUACCGCACCCCGGAGAUCUGGGGCAUGCAGAGACCCCGCCUGGACCCCAGCACCCUCCAGCUGCACAUGAAGAUUUCUGAACCUGCGCUGUCCGAACAGAUGGAUUGUAUGCUCCGUGUGUUGCAGGAUCUGAAACGUUCCUCCCCUGCAACGGCUGAGGAAUCUUCUGCACCUCCUGCGCGCCGACCGCUAAAGCGCGACAUCCGUUCUUCACAUCGCACUUCAGACUUGUCCGAGGCAGACUCUGCAUGCUGCGUGGAUCUGCCCAGUGAUGUCUCUCCAGUGAGCUGUGGCCAGCGUGGUCUAGAAUGGGACUCCGGCUACUCAGAGGUUUCUGGAAGUUCCCUGCGGGGGGAGGAAGAAGAGGAUGAUGUGGAAGAUGAAGUACAGGUGGCAGCCCCUCCAGUCCUACGCAGACACAUCCAGCCGCCAUGUUCACGUCUGACAUCAGGGGGACUGAUGCGCUCUAGACAUGGGAGAAUUCGUCCAAAAUCCACAUCAGAUGUCUGCCUGGAACAAUGGGGGGGCAUUGGCUUAGGGAGUGGCUCCCAGGACUGGACUGGGUGUUUGCUGUCCCAGAGCCGAAGCCGGCAACCACUAGUUUUGGGGGACAACAGCUUUGCUGAUUUGGUCAAACAGUGGAUGGACUUGCCAGAAAGUGGUGAUGAGGAUGAGCGGCGGACACGAUGGUUAAACAAGCCUCAUGGCUUUCUUGUCAGCUUAUCUGGUAAUGUGAAAAAACGCCUUGGGAACAUAUCACGACCACGUGGCCGCACAGAACAAGAGGCCAUAAAACGUUUAUCAUGUCCGCAGCUGGGCUGCCGGCCACUCUCCCCCUUUUACCACCAAUCCCUCUCGGACAUUGCAGAGGCCUCAUCGGGCCUCUUACAUUGCCGCAGUCGGCAGCCAAUCAUAUGCAGUGAUGGACUGUUUUAGGCCAGACGGGCCAUGCCAACCUUCACAUGUACAGAUAUUAUUAUUAUUGUAUUUUUCUAAUUAUUUUAUA